UGUCUGACCUACACGCAGGCACAUACACACACACACACACACACACUUGCAUGCAGCUCGGCAGACUUGAGAGCGCCUUGUAAACAAUAGUGAACACAAACUGUGGAGGCAGGAGGCGGGGGGGAGCUGUGGCUCAGGGUGACUCAGUUUUUUCCUGACACUGUGUUGAGGAGGAAGCGACAGGUGGGCUCAGACAGAGACACGAAGAGCAGCAGAGAGAGACGCUCAGGCUGAUAGUCAGCCUGCACGGGAGCAGCAAGGCUUUACCAACCUCUACAGGAUCACAUGCAGGCACUGAGGCUGCAGCACGGAAGCACUCAGUGGACGGCUUGCUGCACAGUUCCAGCUCUGAGUUGCCGGACACGAUGAGACGCCUGGGCUCCAACUCAGAAGAUCGUUCUCGCCUCACUGCCGCCCUCUCCUGUCUGAAGAGCGCUAAUGACACAGGAGGUGACCCGAGGCCUGGCUCAGACUCGUGCAGCUCUGAGCCCCAAGACGACAGUGAUGCCUUCUCUCCCAUUAGCCCCCUCCCCAGCCCUUUCACACACCAGCUGCCCACCGGCACCCACGGGCGCUCCAUCUCCAUAUCAGUGGUACCAUGUUCAAAUGACCGGGGACCAGAGACGUGCACAUUAACGGAGGACGCCUUCGCCCCGGAGCAGAGCACCCCUCCAGCCACUCGAGCCUCAAAGACGCACACUGCCAAGACCUCCCACACUCCACCGCUAACUUCCCGCAAGCUGCUGCAGCUCCUCCCCAACAUUGCACUGACAAGAACCAAGAGUCAUGAGUUGCAGCUGGCCAACCGCAUCGAGGAGCCGGCUACACACAAAGCCCAUAAGAAGAACAAAGUGUUGGGUGCUCUUCAUAUCAACGGUAACAGCGGUAACGGUCCCGAGGACUCAGCGCUGCGGUCGCCGCUGCUGUCUGCCCGAACACCCGGCCCUGUCCCCGCCUCAGCCCCAUACAUGAUGCCCGCCACCCCCACCAUUCUGGAUAAUGUGACCAUGCACAGGAGUUCCCCUCAGACAAUGAGGAGAGACAUUGGCCUGGCUGUAACACACAGGUUUUCAACCAAGUCCUGGCUCUCCCAGACGUGCCAAGUGUGUCGCAAGAGCAUGAUGUUUGGUGUCAAGUGCAAACACUGCAAGUUAAAGUGCCAUAACAAAUGUACCAAAGAAGCUCCCUCAUGUCGGAUAUCAUUUCUCACAAUGCCGAGGAUGCGGAGGGCAGAAUCAGUGCCAUCAGAUAUCAACAAUCGGAUUGAUCACACAGUAGAAAUCCCACUGCAAUUUGGCACUUUGCCAAAAGCAAUAACCAAAAGGGAGCCUGCCCCGAGUUUAAGCCAUCUGGACUCCAGCAGUAACCCGUCAUCAGCCACCUCCUCCACUCCUUCCUCCCCAGCACAUUUCCAGCAGAAUAACCCUCCCAGCGUCAGCGCCACACCCCCAGCCAACCCAUCACCGCAGGGCUCCCGGGAUAGCCGCUUCCACUUCCCAGAUGUUUCUGCUUCCACAUAUACUGCUGUUCAACAUUCGGGCAGCUACUAUGAGUCUGGAGUGUCGCAGGUGGCCGCCACUGAGACGCAGCCUAUAGCAGCGAAGCAAGGAGGGGACGAGGAGGCAGAGGAAGGUUACCCAGCCGAGAACGAGGAAGCAGCCGACCAGUGCGGCAGAAAAAAUCGCUCUUCCACUGAGGUGUGUGAUGAGGACGGGCUGGAGGACCUGCCUAGUUCAAUAUGCCGUCGUGGGGCCGUUGGCCGCUGGAGGGGCCCCAUCUGUCGUAAGGCCAGCCAGGCCAGCGUCUACCUGCAAGAGUGGGACAUCCCAUAUGAGCAGCUGCAGCUGGGGGAGCUCAUUGGCAAGGGUCGCUGGGGGAAGGUGCAUAAGGGUCGCUGGCACGGCGAGGUGGCCAUCCGCCUGCUGGAGAUCGACGGCAACAACCAGGAUCACCUGAAGCUCUUCAAGAAGGAGAUGAUGAACUACAGGCAGACCAGGCACGAGAACGUCAUCCUGUUCAUGGGCGCCUGCAUGGCUCCGCCGCACCUCGCCAUCAUCACCAGUUUCUGUAAAGGUGUGACUCUAUACUCUGUUGUAAGAGAGAGAGGUCACCAGCUAGACAUGAAUAAAACCCGACAGAUUGCACAGGACAUUGUAAAGGGAAUGGGUUAUCUGCAUGCCAAAGACAUCGUUCACAAGGAUCUGAAGUCUAAGAAUGUGUUCUAUGACAACAACAGGGUGGUCAUUACAGACUUUGGCCUGUUUGGGAUGUCUGGCGUGGUACAAGAAGGCAGAAGAAAAAACGUGGUGCGGUUACCUCAUGGCUGGAUCAACUACCUGGCUCCAGAGAUUGUUCGAAAAAUGAGCCCAGAGGUUGAAGAGGACCAGCUGCCUUUCUCCAAAGCUGCUGACGUUUAUGCAUUUGGCACAAUCUUGUAUGAGCUGCAGGUCGGAGACUGGCCAAUCACCAACCAGCCUGUGGAAGCUAAAAUCUGGCUAGUGGGCAGCAGUGAGGGCGUCAAGAAUGUGCUGGCAGACGCCAACCUGGGCAAGGAGGUCACGGAGAUCUUGUCUGCCUGCUGGUCCUCCGAGAUAGACAACAGACUCACUUUCACUCAGCUGGCAGACAUGCUGGAGAGGCUCCCCAAACUGAACCGCAGGCUGUCUCACCCCGGACACUUCUGGAAGACACCCGAGCCGUGGGAUCAUCAUCUCUGCCUGCAAGAUCACUGCCAUCAGGGUCUACAUGCACACUGUCCGUACAUGUAUAAAUACAGCAGCUGAGUGCUUUUUUUAAAACGGAUACUUAACAUUGGCUUGAGCAAAUAAUGACAUCAGUUUUUUUCAAAGUUCAACCCAUUUCACCUGGUGUUUAACAUGCGAUCUGUAUCUGGAUUGAUAAGCAUUGUUGUUGUCUUGAUUUUGCCCGCAUGUGAUCAGAUCUCAAUAUGGAAGUUCUGUAGGCAGAGCUUGUGGACUGUGACAGGCGACCCGUGUGUCAGGUCAACUGGAGGGAUGUGGGGGAGGGUCAUGUGACAGAGGGAUGGAGCCGAGGCACCCAUAGGCUACUUCUCUGUUCUCUUUCUAAGUAGACUGAUGUCACUUAAAAUGUAGCAGACGUAGAUAUCGUGUCAUAUCAUGAAAACGACGUUAACCUCACAUUAGCUGCUAUUGGAAAAAAACAUAUCUUUUGUUUUCGUCUCUAUUCUCAGUUUUUUUACAUUUCAGGCGGGUUUCCUUUUGUUAACCUGUGUGCCAACUUUUUCCUCUUCUUCUAACCUCUCUCUAUAAAUGUAAAUCUGUAUGUCAGUGGACAAUGAUUCAUCCUCGUCGCAGGAAGGCUGCUGGUUUCAGCUGUUACGACUAUGACUCCUAAUUAUUGGAGAGGUAAAAAAGCAAUAAAUGAAUUGUAAGGUUGCCAACACGGUUUACAUUUUAAAGGGUUGGUUCACCCAAAUUUAAAAAAUGCAUUAUAUCUUCAUUUACCUUUAGUGCUCUCUAUCCAUUGCAGAUUUGUUUUAUUAUUCCAGGGUUGAGAUACUGCAUCUGUCUCUGAGAUUUCUGCCUCCACUCACCGUGGACCGUUUUUAUUGGACCUAUAUGAUCCAGAGUGACCAGGAUACUUUUUCUGUAAAUUUAAGUUGCCGUUAAAUUUUUAGCCACAUGUAGCUCAAGGAAUGGCAACGUUGGGCGUUUGUCAAAGUCAAGGACGCUUCCUUGGUAGGAGGCUACGCAAGACUCCUUCCUAGCAUUCGAAGAAUACACAUUGGAAAAGUCUAGCGAGUGUGUCGGUAUAUAGAACAAUUCAGUAUAUUACAAUUUCUAGUAGGAGUAUUGAUUUUUGCAUUUCUCAAAACAAUAUAAACAGAUUAAAAACUAUUUAAAAAUAAAUGAAAUCAACAGGGAUUUGGACAAUUAUUAUAAUUUAUUAGCGCACAAAACAUUAAAUUACUAUGCUCUCCUCAAAACUACCAGACUCCAUUGAAAAAUACAGUGAUUUUAUCUCGCUGAUUGUAAAACACACUUAGUUCAAAAUCGACAGAAACAAAAUAAAACUCACCAAAACCGUCUUGGUUGGUCUUCCCACCGUCCCAACAAUCACCAACUCUAGUUUUGGUUGAAUUAAACCUUAAAUCACCAAGUUAGAUGUGAAAAGAAACAGCAGUUAGGCUCUCCUCAAAACGACCAGACUCCAUAGAAAAAAAACAGCAAUUUUACCUCGCCGAUUGUAAAACACACUUCAAACUCAACAGAAACAAAAUAAAACUCAUCAAACCAGUCUUGGCUAGCCUUUAGUCUUUCCACCUCCAAUACUGCAUUAUUGUAAUUUGGGUGAACUGACCUUCUGAAAGUGUACUCCCCAAAACUAUGAAUAAAUAAUACUUAUUGUAUUUUGAUUGUGGUGAUAUAAGCGAGAUGAGACACAUUGACUCCUUGUGAGACACUGCUUUAUGCUGUACUACAAAAAUACUUGACAUGAUGCAUGAAACAGUCCGUUAGAUACAGGCAUUUAUGAUAAGCUGGUCCUAAAUGUUCAGCCCAGUCGCCAGGGGAAAAUGUUAGCAUAGGUUGAACGUCAACGUUUUUGCAUUGAAUCAGAGCAAGUGAUGUAGAACAACAAGUGACGUAGUAUAUCGAGUGACCGUUAUUGAAAGUUAUGUGGUAUAUUAACAAGUAUAAGAAGCAAGAAAGUCCACAUAAAGUGAGAAGGAUGGGUGGUGGAUGGGUCAAACAAACACAGGACACACCCAGGAGGCCGCUUUACUUACGUUAUCUGACAUUAUUAUUUUGAACACAAACCGUGAUGUUUUUUCUAACCAUAACCAAGUAGUUUUGUUGCCUAAACCUGCAAGCGUGAUACAAGGCAGAUAUGAAACAUAUCUUUGGUUCAGAAACGUCCACAUUCAACGUAUCCCGUGGGUUUGCAGAAACGUACGUUGCCAACAUUUAUUUUUCUAGCGACUGGGUUGGUGUGUUGGGGAAGCUUUGUCUUUGUCUUGCUGUAACAAAUAGAACUGUCACAUGACAUCCUGUUUCUAUUCAUCAUACAUCAUUGAUGCAUCAAAUGGCAAAACCACUGAGAGACACUUUCCACACUUCAAUUUCACCGCAGCUAUUUGUUCAGUCUUACUUUGACUCCUGGCAGGAGAAUAAUGAGCUGAGGACAAUACUGGAAAUAAUGGUAUAAAGAGACUUGUGAUACUGCCACAGGUGUGUGUCUUUCCUGUGUGAAAUCUUUUACCACAUCGUGUUAGUAAACAGGAUGUACGUGCGCAUGCGUAUGUGAAUCCUCGGGCAGGAGUACAAUGUACGCUCGAUGAAUGUAAUGGGCUUCACCAGCAUGAUCAUGAUCAUGAUCAAACAAUGAUCUUAUGCAUAUGUAUAUACAGUGCUGGAGGUUGUAUGUAAUAUACAGAGUAUAAGGGUUUCAAGUUUAGAGCAUUUUAAUUGGUACUUCAGUAACAUUUAUGUAUAGAUUUUAGACAGUGCAAACUGUUGUUGGUGGAUUUGGUGUUUUUUUUUUUGAUUGUUGAGGUUUAAUCUGCAGAGUAUUUUUGUACAGGAUGUGUUGAUACUUUGUAAGCUUCUGUGCUGAACAACUGAAGAUAUUAAAGCUGAUCUCCAGUGA